GCUGGAACAGCCUUGUCACGCGGGGUUAGUAAAAGUUGGGAUAGGAGCUCCAGAGAGAGCGGAAAAGACAGGCGGAGAGAGACGGAGACAGAGACCAAAGUGGGACAACUAAACGGACAAUUCAUCGGCUUCACACUGGACAUUAAACUCCGGCAGCGAAAGCGCUUCUGUGCUGUUUACACGUCCGGCUGACAGAGAGGCUCGGCGAGAGACGGAGGGACGCAGGGGGGGGAGGAGGAGGAGAGGCGGCAGGCGACUUUCUCUCAAGUUGAAGCCACGAUUUCGCCCGUCAAACUGCCGCAGGACGAGGGGCGAACGACUCGGGUGCUUCGGACACCGUCAAACCGCGUGUUUGACCGCGCGUUCGGGUCCGAAUAGAUAAAAGUUUGAAGUCCGACGUCGCUGCAGUCGGUAAAUGCUGUGACAUUACCGGAGAGCGUAAGUUGCCCCAGCGGUCGACGGUCGAGUCGGCGGGUUUUAGACCCGAGCUGUCAAACCCGAUGACGACCGCCAACUGCCCCGGGAACGAGGAGCUGGACUUCCGACUGAUCUUCGGAGAGGACGGACAGCAGCAGCCGUUAGGCCCCGCAGGUCAGUGGCUUUCCCCGCGCGCCGCAGAUUUGGAGCCUGAUGACAACACGUCGUUUUACAUCUUAAAUGUGGGCCAGCCCCAGUCUAUGGUCACCAACCACCAGUCUAUCGGCCUGCCUCGUCAUGGCAUGCAGUCCCACUCCCAGAUCAUCAACACCUCCCAGCGCCAUCACUCCCACAAACCAGGCUCCGAGCUUCCCAGCUACGGGGCCCAUGACCCCAAGUACGGCGGCUCCCCUCUGCUGCCCUCUGCUCCCUUGGAAGCGCCAAAGGCCUUUGAGUGCCCAAGUAUCCAGAUCACCUCCAUCUCCCCCAGCUGCCAGCAGGAGAUGGGCGGCAACGACGACGAUCUGAGACCCAAUGGUCCCGACGGGGACUACCACUGCGAUAGGCCCCUGUCCAGAGAUCACCUUUACUUGCCCCUGGACCACUCGUACCGGGACUCUUCGCUCAGCCCAAGUCCGUGCAGCAGCCUCUCGUCCAGGAGCUGGUUCUCUGACGCCUCCUCCUGCGAGUCGUUCUCACACGUCUACGACGACGUGGACUCGGAGCUCAACGAAGCCGCGGCCCGCUUCACCCUGGGCUCCCCUCUCACCUCCCCCGGCUGUGUCUCCCCGCAAACCGGCGGCGGGGUUCUGGAGGAGCAGCCCCACUGGCAGCACCAGCACCCCGCCUUUGUGCACUCCAUUAGCCUGUCGCCUCGCCAGUCCCCCUGUCACUCGCCGCGCACCAGCGUCACUGACGAAAACUGGCUGAGCCCGCGGCCCCCUUCCAGGCCGUCCUCGCGUCCCACCUCACCCUGCGGCAAGAGGCGGCACUCCAGCGCCGACAUCUGCUUCCCCGGCUCGUUGUCGCCUCACCACUCGCCCACGGCCACGCCGGGACCUUCACCGCGGGGCAGCGUGACAGAGGACACCUGGGCGGGCAGUCCUUCGGUGUCACCCUUCCAGUGUUGCCCAUCCGAGGCGGACAUCCCGUCCAAGACAAGGAAGACCUCACAAGACAGAACGUCCAUGCAGACUGGGAAAGGGGAGCUGGGGCCACACGACCAAGGAAAUAUGUCUCCUAAUCUGGACUCUCCUUCAGACGACGGCUUGCACAGCCUGAAAAAAGAUGGGCCCGGGGAACAGUUUCUUUCAGUGCCCUCUCACUUUUCGUGGAAUAAACCCAAACCUGGUCAUACACCAAUAUUCAGGACAUCUUCACUGCCUCCACUGGAUUGGCCUCUUCCAAGCCAGUUUGGCCAGUACGACCUGAAGAUAGAGGUACAACCCAAAGCCCACCACCGAGCGCACUACGAGACCGAGGGCAGCCGAGGAGCUGUCAAAGCGUCGUCGGGAGGACACCCCAUCGUCAAGCUCGAUGGCUACAGUGAGAAGCCCAUCAACCUGCAGAUGUUCAUCGGAACAGCAGACGACCGCUACUUGAGGCCUCACGCCUUCUACCAGGUGCACCGGAUUACCGGGAAAACCGUCGCCACAGCCAGCCAAGAAAUCGUUGUCUCCAGCACUAAAGUUCUCGAAAUUCCUCUCCUGCCUGAAAACAACAUGUCCGCCGGUAUCGACUGUGCUGGCAUCCUUAAGCUGCGAAACUCAGACAUCGAGCUGCGCAAAGGGGAGACGGAUAUUGGGAGGAAGAACACGCGGGUCCGCGUGGUGUUCAGAGUGCACAUCCCCCAACCCAACGGGAAGGUGCUGUCGCUGCAGGCGGCCUCUAUUCCUGUGGAGUGCUCCCAGCGCUCGGCUCAGGAGCUGCCCCAGGUUGACAAAACCAGCCUGACCAGCUGUCUGGUCAGCGGGGGGGAAGAGAUGGUCAUCACCGGCUCCAACUUCUUCCCAGAGUCCAAGGUGAUCUUCCUGGAGAAAGGCCCUGAUGGACGACCACAAUGGGAAGUUGAAGCAAAAAUAAUGCAUGCGAAAACUCAAGGAUCGUGCAUCGUGGUGGAGGUCCCUCCCUACCACAGUAAGUCCGUGGGCUCGGCGGUGCAGGUGCAGUUCUAUGUCUGCAAUGGCAAGCGGAAAAGGAGCCAAUCCCAACGCUUCACUUACCUUUCAGUCAUGGUGAAGCAGGAACAUAGAGAAGAGCUGGACCUUUCUGCAGUGCCCCCUAUGUCCAUGCCCCUGGCACACGCUGCCAGCCUGGUGCGUCCCCAGCUGCCUUCUCCCGAGCAGUGCCACCCAUCGGACAACCUUCUGUCCAGCUCCCCUCGCGGCCUGGCCACCGCCACCGGACCUGGCCUGCUACCCUUGCAGGCCCCCUGCUCCUCCCUGGGCUCUCCAUCUUUCCAGCACCUGCCUCACCUCCAGGGUCACAGCUUGCACCACCCCCCUGCAGACUGCCACAUGACGUUCCACCCGAGCCCGGCCCCUGAUCCUCUCCCUGCUCCUCCCCGGCCCUCCUACCCGUCUAUGCAGCACAGUCACAGCCACGGCCUCCCCUUCAACGGCCAGGGCAGCUUUCCUCCUCAGGGCUACGAGAGGAUGCCCUUUCAGCACAGCCCCAGUGCAGUGUCACACCCAAUAAGCAUGGGAAUGGUGUACCCGUCCCCCCCUUGCUCCUCACCAUCCGCUCCGUCCUCUUCAACCACCAACCCCGUUGCCGGGUCCCCCCAGAGCCAGCAGCCCCUGCUCGCCCCCUCAUCUCCGCUCCUGCACUCAUCCUAUCACUAUCACUGCUCCCCAAGUCCCACCCGGGUGCCGUCCCCCGGGGGCCACCCCCUCGUGGGGCAGCACCCCUCCCAGCUGCAGAGAGCUAUGGGCUACCACCCUGUAAGUCAAAGGUCUGCCUCGUGCCCCACGCCGUCCAGUGCCCCUGCUCCAAGGAUGAUCCCCUCCCCCCACUCCGGGCCGUCCUCCCCUCAGCUCCACUCGCUACCCUACCAGUCUUCCACCUCGUCCUCCCCCACCUCAGGUGGCAGUCCCCUGGGGCCCAUGCAACAGCAGCGUUCAGGACAGCCCUCGCCCCAGGCCAGCCUGUCCCCGGUGGCAGCAGGGCCUCUGGUUCACCCUCCGAGCCCUCUCGGGCCGUUCUCACCGGACGGAGAGAGGCCGAACAUCAAACAGGAGCCCGAGGAGAGGGAGCCCACCUUCCGCUCCAUCGGCCUACAGGACAUCACGCUGGACGAUGUGAAUGAAAUCAUCGGCAGAGACAUGUCCCAGUCCCCCGGCACGCAUGGUCCUCCACCAGCACACAGCCAGUCAUAGCCCAGCUCUCGCUCCGGUCCGGAAGCAGCAUUUAGGAUCCAGAACCACCUCCUCACGCUCCGGUCCAGUUUGUGAUGGGACAAAAGGCAAAGACAGAAUACGGUUGCAGAAUCUGUUAAAGCCUCAUGGACGUCCUACACCAGCUGCCCGGCAAGGAGACAAUCCCAUUUGUCUCCUCUGAGUUUGUUUUAAACGAUUUCUCUCAUUUAGAGUUAUAGAAAAAAGGCACGCAGAUUAAAUAGGAAGGUGUGCAGGAGAAUGAUGUUGAAAUGUUUGGAGAAUACGAAGUGACCCGUCCCUUGUCAUCAGGCUUGUGCCUGCCCUGUCUUCCUGACCAAUCGGCUCUCCGUGACAAUGGAGCCCUCGCUUUUCAAAUGGCUCCCUCUGUGGUGGAGGCAAUGCAACGGGGUCCAUGUCGUCCCUGUCUCUGAAUGAAGACGUCGUAAGAGACGUAGGAAUGAGAAAAAAGGCGGGAGCGCACAGUAAGCCAGAGCUUACUGAACAUCAGGACACUAAAACUCUACAAAACAUCAACAAAACGGUGGUCAGGCAAAUAGAAAUUGGAUCACUUGGUGAUAGAAAAUGAGUAAUUUGUACAAUUGUAGCAUCACAUUAAGAUCAAAAAACAUUGAAUGAUCAGAGUUUCUCAAAAACCUUUUGGAACACAUUUGAAUUGGAACAUGUGGCUCAUUGAUGACGGCAUUGCCCACUCGUUGAUCCUCUCGCUUUUUAGAUGAUUAAAUCAUUCGGGUCCGGAGUGCAACGACCCGGCAGGGAGGGCGCGUGCUCCUGGUCGCCGCGCUGGUCUGGGAUCUGCAACUUGCAACAUUCCACAACUUAUAGUAACCUUGCAGCUGUGUAGAUAUUAGCACACAAAUCCACUCCUGUAUCUAUUUUCUUUCUUCUGUCUAUUUUGUCUCAUCAGUUGUCUCCUCCUUCUCCUGUAUCUCUGCAUCUUCAAGUUGAACAAAUGCCUUAUUAACACUUAGCAGCUUUUUGUAGCUAAAACUUUUCUCUGUUGUUUUUUGCACAGCUGGCUUUGAGUGUGAUGAGAUUUUAUGAAUCUUUAUGAGGGAUAGGUGGGUUUCAGGACUGAGACAGCCCUCUAAUUUGUAUUCAAAGAUAUUUGAAGAUGCCUGUUAAUGCUGAGUUACAAAGAAGUGUUUUUAAUAAUCCACGUCCCUGCCUCUGAAAUGUAUUUUCAUGCAAUAACUCCCUAAUCCUCCCAGGGGCCCUAGUGUGCCUUUCGAAUUCCUGACAGCCGCCAUAGCAGCGUGGUAUUCAGUUAAUGGAAAAAGAAAGUUUUAAAGUAUUUUAUAUCCAAAAGAUGUUGAUAUAGAGCAGAUAUGUAUUGUUCCCCCUGCUUUCAUCAACAAGAUUCUUAAAAAAAAAAAAAAAAAAAAAAAGCUGGAUGCAUUUUCCUGUUUUCAACAAUCAAUGUUUGCGGUCCACAAUCAAAGACUACUCCUUCACUGUGUCGAGUGGUGACUAUUCCCAGUGAUGUAUCCCUCCAGUGAUGUAUCCAGAUGUGCUGCGCCUGUACGGCAGCAACAACUCCGUCCCGAGGAAGGAGGCCGGUUUCAGACGUGGAUGCGAGCGGACAGAUUUCCGUUGGCUUUUUUUCAUUUUUUUUGCCUUCAGCUGAAGACUAUGAUGCUCCUGCGUGUCAGAGCCGACUUUGAAGUCAGUUUCCAGGUGAAAAUGAUUCUGCUAUGCAUUAUAAUUCUGCCGAAUGCCUUUUAAAAAUGAGGAGAAAAAAAAAGACAAAAAAAACAACCCUUGAUGCCUAUAGAAGUAGAAUGUAGACUUGUAGCUUCUUGAUUAGUUCUGUUUGCAUCCCAGAGUUUUCCCAUCAGCCAAUCUGCCUUGUUGAGGGCGCAGUGCGAGCAUCUUAAUAGGCUAUGGUGUGUGUUCGAGUGUGUGUGUGUGUGUGUGUGUGUAUGGUUAGUGUUUGUACCAAAUAUGCUGUACAGAAGACAGGGAGUCCUGUUUUCAACAACAGAAGCACACACACACACGUUGAGGCUAUGCAAACGAUAACCGCAGCAAAUGUGAGAUGACGUUUGAAAAUAAAAGAGGAGAUUAUAAACUGUAUGAACUUCACGUGGCGGGAAUGAAAAAAACAACAUUCGGAAGUGAGUAUCAUGUCACUAUGUAAACUAUUAGGAUGCCUUAACUCUUGUUUGAAAACCAGUUUGUCAGUGUGUCCAUAUGCUGUUCUGGGUUGAUUUUCUUUUUUUCAUUGACUAAAGACAUGAGUCGGUAACUAUUAUUCUUAUUGUCCCAUUUGUAUUGGGGGGGCACAAAGUUGAAAUUACAUUUUUUCAUAUAAAGCUGGUGCUGCAGCUUUAAAGACCACAGUCAACAAAAAACUAAAACAAAACCAGCAUUGACAGUAAACUGGCUGCCGUCCUCGGCAGUCACAACCAAAGAGCGAACCGCAUGUUCCCAUCUUACAUUAUGGUAAAGCAAACAGAGACUGUACAACUCUAUUUUUGAUACAUUGAAAUAGAUGUCAUUCCUAAAAGGUUGGGAAAACGUAUGAGUGUUGAGAAAUAUACGUAUAUAUAUAUAUAUAUUAUAUAUAUAUAUAUAUAUAUAUAUAUAUAUAUAUAUACGUAUAUAUAUGUGUUUGUGUAUAUAUAAAUAUACACACAUAUAUAAAUAUAUGUUUUGUAAAAUAAAAGGGAAAUACAGGUUUAGCUGAUGUUUACCGAGCCUUGUAUUGUCAUUUCUUGUAUAUUUUGUAUGUUAAAAUUUUUGUAAUUUUUAAGACUGCAGUGCUUUUUGAAAUUAUUCAAAGGGAAUACCUUGCAUCAUAUUGUAGGCUCUAAAGUAGUGUAUAUCAAUAAAACAGGAAACUCA